AUGAAUUCCUACAAGCAAGAUCAAUGGCUCUCCUACAAAGAGCGUUCCACCCAACGCCACGUCUAUGCCGGCUUUUCCUGCGGCGCCCGUGACCCUGACUGGGACUUUGUCGACCAACAAGUUCUGAAGGAGCUGCGUCCCGAGAGCGCCAACACCGGGUACAAGCUCUCGUCGUCCGAGAACCCCAUGCCUCUGCUCAACGACAACGGCGGCAUGGACGAAGACGACGACUACUCGUCAUACGACGACGACUGCGUGUACCCCUACCACGGCGGGCGUAUGCUCCAGACCCCAGCGGAAACGCAGGUGCCCGAGUGCGAGCUGGGCUCCUCGCCUGAAGGCUCAGUCGUCGAGGAUGAAAUGAUUGAUGUUUCUGGCGGUGAUGAACGCUUUGCGCCUGUGGUUGUGCAGCAUGACGGCGACGACAUGAUGAUGGAGAUGGAGCUCGAAAUGCAUAUGUCUGCUGCUGCUGCGGCGGCCGCGGCAGCGCCAAGCGGCGGCGUGAGCAAGAGGAAGAGAUGGGCGGACGAUGAAGAGGAGAAUGUACAGCAACAGCAACAGCAGACGCCAUUUGCGGCGUGGGGCGCGUUUCCACAGCCUGGCGCGAAGAGGGUGAGAGUACGUGGUUGA